GUACUUAUUGUCAUGCCUGCGAAAGUGGCUGUUAGCCUGACCUCCAAACGAAACCCAUACACGUUUGUAGUACCAUUGAUCAUGAGGUCUAAUGUGUCUCUAUCCAGUUUUUGACAGAUCACACUUAAGUUUGGAUAAACGCAUGUGCAUAUGUUGUAUUCGAACUGCCAUUGCACACGGAUGACGCCAAUCCAUGUAUAUAUGUAUACCGAAUGAAUUCGACGAGGAUACUCAUACCGCUUUUGUACGGCCAACUUAGUGCAUGGAAGCGGCACUCGAGCAAACAGAAAAUAACAUUACCAGAACAUGAAGAAGAAUGAAUUAAACGAGCUGGAGGUCGAGUUUUGUUUUUCUGCUAUCCAAUCCGAGGUCAGGCGAUUGAUCGACCUGGGUGAGUGCACACCGAACGAAAUGGACCCGUAUCUGCGCUCAGACUUAGAAAAUUUUGUGGCGGAAGUAAUGGAAUCGUCAGAGCUUGCUAAAAGAUGUAUUUGUCUCCAGCGUCGUGUUCAUGUGACGCAGGGGCUUCAUUCAACUGCCAAACAGUAUUCGGAACUGCCAAACUCCACCACUAGACAGCUGAACAACCUCUUCGACACCACUCUGGACAUAACAACUGGGCCAACCGUGUCCGUGAUUGACGCCGAUCUUUCUACUCGUGUAGCCGUUGUUCGUGAACAUUUGUUAAAAAAUUUAUCCAGAGAUCAGGUAGAGUUAUUGAUGAUUCCUCAAGGCGUCGCAGUUAGUCUUUCUGAGCUUAACCGACAGUCAACGGAAGAUCACAACGGAUUCGGACUGGAAAAGUCAUGGAUCACAUCUGUCCGCUCUGCAGUGCGUGACUUACAAUUAACCGAAGAAGAACCGAAAUCCCUUGCGGACCCCAUUCAUCGUUAUUUGGUCACCUUCACCGUCACUUUGUUGCGAAUGCUGAAAAACUGUAUUGCGGAAGUUUUGAAAACCGAUUUUCCACAGGGACUUUCUCAGACAGUACAAACUGAAAGUACUACACAUUACGAUUACCUUAUGUAUUCUUGCCCCGUUCAUAUAAUGGCGAAACGAAUUUACACUGGACCGUCUAUAAAGGAGGGUAUUCACACGUCUGAAUGGCAGGAUCCUCUAAUGGUUCAGUCAAGAGCACGCGAACUUCACAUAUUAUCUGCAUACUUGCGCCAAGCGAAUCGGACCCCUGCCGUACUAUAUGGCCCUCCCGGAUGCGGAAAGUCUAGUGUCAUACGCUGGCUGGUUAGACACUACGAGGAAACUGGAUUAAGCGAAAGUGUGGGUGACGGUCAAAACUCCACCUCGUUUACACCCAUCGUAGUUGCAUGCUGUGCAAAGAUAACCGCGAUCUCUUGUGCGCUGCAAUCGACUAUCGCUUAUGUCGCACAGGAAUUGUCUCAUCGUCUUGGCAAAUCUGACCUCCAAGCAAGCAUCACUUCAGCUUGCGAAUACGCUGAGGCUGUGUAUUGUUUGGAGCGUACGCUUCGCUUUGCUAGCGCACAAAAACCAGUGCUCCUAAUAUUUGAAGAUGUGGAGAGAAUAUACCCCGAGGAACACGUGGAAAUGUUCCGGUGGCUCCCACCUCAACUACCCAAUAGCCAUAUCCGCAUAGUAAUAAGCACCAACUCUGAAAGCGUUUUAGCUGGGUUUCGCAAACGGUACGAAAACGGAUGUUGCCUACAUUUUGGUCCGUGCUUCGAGCCUGGAUACGUUCUCACCAACCUUCUUCCCCAAUGGGUGCACAACCGUGUUUCGGCUCGGGCACAGUUUAUGGAAACAGGUGCGUUACAGCUUAACAAAAAUGUUGCGGAAUUGGCCAGCGACGCCGUCCAAAGAAACACCACUCCUCUCUUUCUCGAUACAGCGACAGACGUACUGGUCGCGUUUCAAUUUGGACAAAAUGCAGAGCACAACGAAUCGUUUCCCACCGACACGGCUGAGUUGUUCGCCCUACGCUUCGGAAUAAUGUAUGAAGCCUUGAUGAGAGAGAAACCCCUCCUUGGCAGUCUAUUCACAAUUACCCUCUAUUUAGCAUGUGCACGCAUCGGCCUCACUUUAACCGAGAUGAUCGGAGUUCUGAGCCUGGAUAAAGAAGUGCAACGUAGCUGUGGCGAACAAGACGCCUCUAAUAUGCAUCGGAUAUUUCCAGUGGGUUGCUUAUUGAAUUUGUUGUGGUCGGAAGGUAUCGGUCUAAGCAAGCAUCUCACCCAAGUGCACACGGAUAACAGAUGCGUUGUGACAUUCAGACAUGAGUCGGGGAGACAAGGUGCGUUGCAAUUUUGGGCUUCAAGAGAGAAGUUGAUGAAACAGAGACAUACACCGAACAAAGCUGAGGCAAAUAUGGAAAUAAAGGAUGAACGUGGAUCUAUCCAAGACAUAUCCGCGUACAGUAAAUUGGUCGACUAUAGGCUAAGGUAUGCACAACUGAUCAACAGCACGUCUCCGGUGGACAGUCUCUUCAGUGAUGCUAACUUGGUAUCUGCUUACUACUGGAGGACUGUAGCUAAUGAAGCCAAUUCACCAAACGACAACACAUCUAAUUCUGCAGCGACUCGUACCAAUUGGACCUGCAAUUCCCGUCUCUUAACCGAAGUGCCGUAUCAACUGGUGCAGAUGGGAACCGCAGGGAUUGAUGAUCUUUACAAAUACGUUAUCUUCUCCUUCGAAUUUAUGCUCGGAAAAACUUUACAACGCGGAAGAGUAGCUGACCUAAUCACUGAGCUGUACUACGUCAGACAAUUGAAGGAAAUCUAUGCGUGCGAUGAAGUGAAAUAUUUGUUUAGCUUGCUAAAGAAGCUGUCUCCAAAAGUAAAUCACAAUCCUAUAUUGUUAAGUGUCGAAUUGGCUGGUCGCCUUGGGCAUUUGGUUGCGUCUGGGUACCAAUUCCUCGGGCGGACGCUUCUAGGUAGUCUGGAUAAAUCGGCUGUCAAGACCAACUGUCUUGUUCCAUUGCUUCCACAUUGUUAUUCACCUGCAGUUCAGCCUGACCUCCUCACCGCCUCUUAUGUGAGUGAAAACGAAACUAGCCUGGUCGCUCUGACGGCAGACCAAAGAUUUCUGCUCACGUUGUACCCUACGUGCCCUGAAAUUGAUCAAGAAGUAAUGGUCAUUACAUGGGAGACAACUACCGUGACCAAAUCCAACAUAUUUAGUCUGGGUAUGUGGCCACGCACCGUUUUUCAUGGGGCUUACUUUCCUGCGCAGGUAAGCAACAUGGCUCUGCUCCAAUACACAAGCAGAUCCACUCCGGAGAAUGAACACUGUGGUUUUCUGGUGCUCAAUCUGGAUAUGGGAAAAAUAGACGGAAAAAUUAGUCUAAAAACUAACGCGGAGUGCAAAUUAUGUGGCCUAACCAGACUUUAUGCCGUGAUAUCAACGUCGUUUGCGGAUGAUGAUGGCAACGCAACUGGUGCCUACGCUCAUAGUUUGACUUCUGCUCCGAAGGAAUCAGCUACGAUAUAUUCCAACUCCACUGGAAGCCCUGUAUCGCAUAUGCUCGAUGGGAUUCUUAUGCCUUGUUUGGUGGUGACCGGAGAUAGAUACCUUAUCGCUCCCGCCCGCUGGCUCAAUGCCACGUCAACAGGAAGCGACAAGAAGCAGCCGAAAGUGCAGAAAGUAAACGCUGUUCAGAUAGAUUACAGCAAGGGAACGACCUAUCUACAGGCUAUGAUGGUGCAUAGCCCAAAAAGAACGAUCGCUUGGUUUGACUGCAAAGAGCAGCCCAGAGUGUUACAAUGUAGCACAAGAGGCGAAUUUCUUUAUGUCGGCUGUGAGAGGUACGGAUUCGUAUGCCGUUUUGAAAUGAAUCAGAUAAACAAAAAGGAUGCACAUUGCUUGAUACCGACGUUAGAACUGAGUUUAGAACAGAAGUUGAAAGAAAUAUGGUCUGCAGAUGCCGAUACAACAUCUCUAUCCCCGGAAGUGCACAACCUUUUAAAGGAUUCAGAUCAAUUUCGCCCUAUCUACGACUCGAUUACGCAAGUGUCAGCAAGUCGCCUCUGGUUGUCAGGUGAUGAUCGACAUGUAGCUGUGCUGUACACGCUGCAAAACAAACCCCGGUUUAUUGGAAUAUGGCACACAGGAACGGCUAGUAUGACGACCAGUGUGAGAGCAUGGCAAGAUAGCGAAAUUCGCUUCGGUACCGAUCUCAACUCAAACAUAUUGCUACACUUUGUCAAGUCUAGUUCUGAAUGCCAAUGGAUCGAGGUAGUGGAUAUAACCCCGAGGUCUAGCAGACACAGUGCGAUAUCUACUCACAAUCAGUCAAUGGUAGGGAAAUUUGCGGUACCACGCGGCGAGCGGAUUCGCCGACUAACGAGCUUUGGCCAUCCGAUAGACGAUUGUUUCUUCGUUCGAUGUGGAAACGUAAUGAUCAUUAGCAGAGGUGAACUACGAGCGACUCCAUUGUGGGCAUUAACACACGAAAGCAAUCGGGAACUCGAUACAUCUUUGUGUUCUCUUGGAACGCGACUGGGGAAGUCUGCCUACCACAAAGACCUGGAUAUAGUAUUUUCAAUAGACCGGAAAAAGGAUAGUCUGUUCACGUUUUUCAAUAUUGUCACACAAAAAGUUGUUCAAGUGGUCAACAAAAAGCAUGAGAUUGACAAUGAGCUCUUCCUCGGUGGGACGUUGUUAGAUCCCAAUCCGUCAGAGGGCUAUGUUAGUGAAGAUGGCGAAUUCUUAGCACUAGUUUAUAUGAGGUACGGAACGUCGCAAAUGAUGGCACCGUACAGGGCCUAUUUCACCGAGGAAUAUGUAAAACCACAUUUACCACAAACGAAUUACUACACAUCUGAACGUAUGCUGAUGGAUUCCAACAAAGAACCUAUGUACAAAAAUUUGGCACACCAACAAACUAUUAUUCUUAUUUACGAAAUUGCUAAUGCAAGAUCAGGAGGAGAAUUACGUUGCCAAAUCUCACUUCUUGGUGAAACCGUGUUUCACUUCAGCUCCAAACACGGGCUGUUCACACUCCGUUCUAAUUACGCAAGUGAGAACAAGCUAAAACCCUUUCUAUCGGGAUCACGCGCAUCUAACAUCCCCGGCGAGCUCGCACCGAAGGCUAUUCUAUCCCGUUACUCGGUAAAAACUGGCGAAUUCAUCAGUAACGCAUAUCUGGAUCAUCCAGUUCUGCCGGGUUCGCAGAUCGUGGGAGACACCUUGCUGAUCUGCUGUGGUACGUCUGGUAGGUGGCUGCGUAUUUUCCAAUCCCCGGAGUUCACAAACUGCACAUACGAAACCGAUAUGAAGAAAUUGCUAUGGCAACAAGAUGAUCAUAUGAGAUCUCUGCAGUUUUCGAAAGUGUUCACAUGCGUUGCAAACAUCACCACGGUGGUACUGCAAUAUGUGUGCCCGAACAAACUCAAACCCUACAAAGUGGCAGUGAUCGAUAUGAAGAGAGAAUCAGAUCGAUCGUCUCUGAUAUCGCAGUUCAACAUACCGGAUGAGCUUCUCGAUGUAACACCGGACGGAGAGUUGGGGAUAGACGCCUCGAUGCGGCUAUACAACUUGAUAAACGGGAAUCAAUUGGCAGCUCUAUGUGCCCCGGAAUUGGUGCCCGGAAUACAAACUAUGCCGCACAUAAUUCGUGCAACAAUCACUGCAGACAAAAGUUACGUGAUCGUCAUCGUACAUACAACAGAAAACCCAGAUCCCUGGCUAGUCGUUGUCCGAAUCAACCCACAAAAGCAUUUUCCAAUUGUAGGCUGCGCCGCACUCAGUCCUGUGCAAAAACCUGUUUCGUUUCACUCUCCUAAAUUCUCGGGGACGGAAAGAUCUGUCACGACCGUUCGUAUGUCUGAUGGUCACAAUGGUCGAUUGCUAGUCGUCUUCUUGGAUGGUCACAACGAAUUCAAAAUAUUUGCUCUACAUGACCAACGGCAACCGAUGUCAGAAAUAGUGUAUAACAGCUGCGAGGAACGCAUUUUAAGCCUUUUACCAAGUGACCACACACAAGGAGACGCAAACACGCGGACAAGCAAGCAACGAAGGGCAAAAGUCUUGGACAACAAGUUCACGAAAUUUGGUCAGUCCCUACCAUUGAAGUUUUCUUUAGUCGGUGAAUGGGACCCGAACAUCUUUAAAAUUAAAGACGCCGAUAUAUAUUGAUAUAUAUAUUGUGAUAUAUAUAUAUAUAUAUAUAUAUAUCAGUUUAUUAAAACGGCAUCGGACCAUUCAAAACCAUGGACUUAUGAAUCGAAGAAAAAGAGCAAAAUGUACAACAUUUAGAAAAGAACAAAGAACACCGGCACUCUUGUCUUUUAUCCCAUGCCAUUUUGCGCUUGCCAUUUUUAAGUUCAUAUUUUUGAAAUCGGGAACUCAUGCAAAUUUGCGUGUACUCCUUCCAUUGCAUCCGGGUUUGUGUAAUUAUCUCGAGCGUUCUGAGCCACUGGCAUUCUUCAUCCUUGGGUCCUCAAACGGGUGGAUGUACUGAACCGGCAAUGGUUAGACAAG